AUGAGAUUAUACGCUUUGCUAUUCGCCCUUGCCGUGUGCCGCACGCGGGCCGCCACCAUACCGAGCGAAGGCGUCGAGCCCCCGACAAUCGCCCAACCCGUUGACGUCAAAGAACCCAUCGAGCAGAGCAACGUUGAGAACAAUGUCCGCAACGCCCCCGACACCAUCCCCGUGGCGAUCGUCGAGGAACCCGCGCAGCCGAAACUGGACGAGAACUCAAACGACUACAUCCCCAGCGACGACGAACAAAGCGUCAUCAUCAAGCGGGUGGAGAUCGAUCUGAACAACCCCGGACCACCGCAGCGCCAACAGCACGAAACCCAAAAUCCGGAGACUUACGCCGAAAGGGAUUACUUCGUCGCCGACAUCAAGCAGAAGCUUCUGGACACGGAGAAUGUAUUCAAAAAGAGCGUGUCCGACGUUAACGAAAGCUUUGAGAACUGGGUGCCGAACAGCGCGCACUUAACAGCUAUUCAAAAUGACAUCAAAGAAAUGCAAAACAAGUUUCUAGCGCAACUGUCGGAGCUGAAUCAGUCUCUGCAAUCUUACCUCAACCCACAAAGUACUAAAUCAGUGGUCUCGGAUCCAAAGUCCGUCGCCAACUUGAAGGAGGUUGAAACCCGAUUAAAAGAUUUAGAAGUCAACUUUAAGGCCGGUGUUCAGACAUUAUCCGAAGGCGUCAAAGUUUUGGAAUCUGCGAAAGCUGAUGGUGAUGCUACUUCUACCGCCGAGAAACCUUCCGAAACCGGUUCACCCAGUCCAGCUCCUUCAAACCCCACCAAUGAGCAACCCCCAAAUCCGCUUGGUCAGGUAUUUCAAUACUUUUCAGACGCAAUUGGCCAAGCAAUAAACCAAAUGCAAAACACUUUCAAUUCAUUUACCAAUCAAAAUAACCAACAAGGCACAUCAGAAUCACCUCCUGCUGGUGCUCAAUCCGAUGAGGGAGCAUCUACUAGCAAACCACCUUCUUUCUGGGAGACUAUCCAGCAGCAAUUUAAUCAAAUGUUUAACUUCGGCCAAAGCAAUCCAUCGUCACAGACGAGCCAAACACCUUCAACGAACCCGUUACUGUCAUUAUUCAAUUCAAAUCCCAUCUUUCAAAACUUCUUAAACCAGGGCAGGCCUUCAACCACCCCCAGUUCCCCAACCACGGCUGAAGUCAAACCAUGGAGUGACGAGCCGCCUAAAGCAGUAGAGCCCCAAGUCGCUCCCGCAAAAGCAGAGGAGAAACCGCAGCAACUUCAGCCUCAAGCUUCAGAUAUUCCUGCUGCUCAGACUGGGCCCAUCAGGGAAAUAGUACAGAACAAUCCCAUUGUUAAGGGUAUCGUGCAGAGAAUACAGAGCAUCUCGAGCCCAGAGAAGCCAAGGGAGAAGAAGCCAGAACAAGUCCCUGAAUUGGUGAAGUCUGAGGAUACGAUCAAGAACAAGGAGCCUGUUUCGGCUACCAAGGGUCACGUUUUUUACGGGGGUCAUGGAGGGUCCGGGGGUGAUAACGGCAUCGACGGGAUAGUUGUCAAAAGCUUAGCUAACGAGGAGAAGAUUGAAGAAUUUCCGCCAAAACUCGAGCAAAAGAAGGACGCAGAGUUAGCAAAGGAGGAAGAAGAAGAAAAGGAAACCGUGCUGCUGCCCGAUAAGACUGAA